AUGGCUGCGUUGGUCCAGACGAUUCCUCAACAGAACGGUACUGUGACGCUCCUCCAAACUCGUCCAGCAUCAUCAACGGCCCAAAACUCUUUUAUUUCCACUCCGCAAAUCGCACAACCUCACGUGGGCCGUGGACACAGCAUGUCGUUGAGUUCAUAUACUGGCGUGAACAAUUCCGCCAACAGGAACUCGGUGGCUCCUUAUGCCUUUACCAGCACUCCGGGUUUGCUGGCUGGGAAUACUAACCAGCAACGUUCCAUGGCCUGGUCUCCUCAGGUCCGACCAGAUAGUCUUUCAUCCACGUCGCUCUCACAGAAUAACAUCCCCAAUCCCUCGUCACAUUUUGCAGCUGGUUCUGUACCGUCGUCUUCUGGAUCUUCAAACUCCUCUUCUCGACCUUCGUAUAUUUCACAAGAUGAUAGCAUUCUUUCCUCUCGUCGACGGACAACGGAUGUGACUCCUCGACCUUUGUCGACCAUCAACUUAUCGGCCCAGUAUAGCCAUUUAGCCUUGUCUACAUCUACAUCCACUCCCUCUUCUGCUUCUACCUCUCCACCCUCGACCUCGACUCCCUCUAAACCAUUGCCCGACCGCUAUCGACGGGUCAAACGCACCAAUACAGAUGAUAAUACUGCGUCGCAGCCCGCUGUUGCGAUACCUGUUCGAUCCUCUUCCUACGACCUCUCCGCAACCGCAGUGGUUCUGCCGCAGCCAGUACGACCUGCCAUCGUAACGCAUACCCGUACACCGAGUGCAGAUGACGGCCGUGUUGGAAAGCAGUUAAAUCCGGAUGUUGCCAAGCGAUAUCGACGUCGUAGCUGGGCCAAUAUGGACGCAUUUUCCCAGGAGCCUCCGUUGGAUAGCUCUGAUUUAUUCGCCCCGUUACCGGAUCUCAAGUUCACGACUCCAGCAUUGUCACGACCCGCAUCUUCAAACUCGGAAAAGAGCAACUCAGUCGAUGGUCAGGUUGAGAAUAAGACUUCUGUUCCUAAUCUCGACUCCAAAUUCCCAACGAAUGCCUCCCAUAACCCUUCGCCCCUCUCCAACCAAGUGGCAAGCAGCCCUGCUCCUGCUCCUACUCCUACUCCUUCGAAUCCUACUCCGUCCGCGUUGAGCAGUCCUGCCGCACAGCGCCUGGCUGACAUCAGCAAGGCCAGUGCGAAGAAGCCUGGCAAGUCACGCUUACGGAGGGCAUUUUCCUUUGGCAGUGCUGCUGAACUUCGCAAGGUAUCAGUUCAAAACUCUAUGGGUAGACGGGAGGGCGAGCUGUCGGCAAACACUGGCGAUGAAUUGGAUCCCGAGCAAGCUGCUAUCGCUGCACAGCAAGAAGCCAAUGGACUAGGUAAUAAUAUCUAUUCUCACCAGCUAGGCUCGACAGACAAUAUUUCAAUAUCCUCGACCGCAUCUUCUGCGUCUAUUAUGCUCCGGAAGAUGGGCCGGGGAAUGAAGAAAUCCACCCGUUCUCUUGUGGGUCUUUUCCGUCCAAAGUCAGUCCUCAAUGAGAACACAGAGCCAAUGGUUACUGAACCCACGGCUCCUCAGCUGUCAGUGGUCAACAUUGAAGCGGAACGCAAGAUUGUCACAGCCAACCCUGAUCCUCAUGAUCAGAGCGGUGGUGGUACUGUUUUCCCGAAGAUCCAGCCCACAAACGAAAAGUCCAAGGCUGCAGUGGUUGUGAAUAACAACGUGCCAGAUGUCAAUUCUCGCAAAAGUAUUGUCGGAGGAGAACGAGAGCGUGCUGAAGUGUUGGCCGCGGUUAAAAAGGGGAUCUUGAAACGCUCUGGAAGCGCUUCUCCAGUUGCAAAACCUAUGGAGCUUACACCACCACCACAUAUUCCCGACUCACCAAACUCGAGCGCCCCAAGCACACCUGAAGAACACUCACACCGGGUUGGCCAUCGACGAACGGAUACGGUCAAGAUCGAAGGAGAAGACUACUUUAUGACGCAGAACAAAUACGGCUCCGAGUCGAAGAGCGCUCCAAUCACUCCCCAUCCAGCAGCAGCCAAGAGCAUUGUUUUCAGCCCACGCAUCCAAUUCCACGAGACUUGGCCUAGCGGUGAAUACGACCGACGAGGCGAUACCGCGACGUGCAACAAGUUGACUCCUCUAUUGGCUCAGCAGAUCAAGGAGGAGUUGAAUACUUUUAAAAUGGAGAUGGAAGUUCAUGAGACAUCAAAAAUUUACACACAUUUCCUCUAA